UUCUGGCGCUGCAGAGCACGCUGUGCGGCCGGCAGGAGCGCCUGGGGCCGGUGGGAGAACACCCCAAGGAGCCCGCGCUGCCCCAUGCAGAGCCUGCUAACACCUGCUUUGUGCACUCCAGACAACCCGAGGAACCUGGAGAGCUUGGUCACUUGUCUAAAAGCUCCGGUGAUAAAGAGAAAGCUAGAACAUCUCAUUUCUCCAAGACUGGGAUUUUGUUCCUCCAAAUUGCAGGGAGUCCAAGUAGAGGUCAUGAGGGGCAAGCGAGGAUGUCCAAGAAUGGCUGAGGUCUGGGAAGGUGGUCAUCUUCUCUGAGCCCAGGAAAAAUCUCCUUGACAUUUUUCACACUUUGAAGCAGCUGCAGCUGGUGUCGUCGGAAAGGGGGGUGGGAGGAAAGAGAGGGGGCGGGGAGAUUGUGGAGUCACGGGCGCGAGCCAGGAGCAGCGCCUCGUCUGCCAAUCCUGGCACCUGUGCACCAAGCCGCGGCACCGCGGAGGACCCCGCUCCGGGCCAACCGUGGGCUCCGAGCCACGGCCACCCAGUCUCUGGGCCAGCACGACCUGCAGCUGCCCACCCCGGGCCCCCGCCGCCACCCACAACUGCGGGAGCGCACAACCACAGGCAGUGCUUGCUGUGCCACGGGCCACGGGGACCCUCGCCCCUUCAGAGUCGUCGUGGCCGGCCCGGACAGAAGCCGAGUUGGGUACACGAUUCGCCCGCGCUGCCGUUCUCUUCUCCGCCCAGGAUUUAUUGUCUGUGGAGCCUUCUGGGGGCGGGGAGGGAGCUGCGCCUCCGCCGCCGCCGCCACUGCUGCUGCUACGGUCGCUAGCGCGACGCGCUGGGCGGGCGGAGGCCGGGGACUGGCCGCGCUGGUGUUCCCGGCGGUCUCCCGGCUCCCCCCUGGCACAUCUCCAGCUGUGUACCUGAAGGGCAGUGGCAUCAUGGUCUGACGCGGCACCUGCCCGGAGUCCCCUCUGCCUUUGCUUUGGAGGACUCCCGUACCGGCUUCACUGCGGACCCCAGAGCACUUUAAGGAGUAACCCUCGGCAGCUGGAAGGCCUUCACUCCCUGGACCCUCAUGGGUAGUUUCUGCCUCAGGCGAUGAUGGAGAGCCUAAUACGGGGAAGGCAUCCCCCACAAUAUCAGCGAAGUCCUUAUAAGGAGGCUCGUGCAGCACUGCGGAAGAGGCCUGAAGAGGAGUUGCAGUGCCUGGAGAUGACCACCAAACGGAAGCUCAUUGGCCGCCUGGUGCCAUGCCGCUGCUUCCGCGGCGAGGAAGAGAUCAUCUCAGUGUUGGAUUACUCCCACUGCAGCCUGCAGCAGGUGCCAAAGGAGGUCUUCAACUUCGAACGCACGCUAGAGGAGCUCUAUCUGGAUGCCAAUCAGAUUGAGGAGCUGCCCAAGCAAUUGUUCAACUGCCAAGCUCUGCGGAAAUUAAGCAUCCCUGAUAAUGACCUCUCAAGUCUGCCGACCUCUAUCGCUAGCCUAGUUAAUCUGAAGGAACUCGACAUCAGUAAAAACGGUGUACAAGAAUUUCCAGAAAACAUAAAGUGCUGUAAGUGUUUAACCAUUAUUGAAGCCAGUGUCAAUCCUAUUUCUAAACUACCCGAUGGCUUCACGCAGCUUCUUAACCUGACCCAGCUCUACCUGAAUGAUGCCUUCCUUGAAUUUCUUCCAGCCAACUUUGGAAGACUUGUCAAAUUGCGAAUCUUGGAGCUAAGAGAAAAUCACUUGAAAACUCUACCAAAGUCAAUGCACAAACUGGCCCAGCUGGAGAGACUUGACCUAGGCAAUAAUGAAUUCAGCGAGCUGCCUGAAGUUCUGGAUCAAAUACAGAAUUUAAGGGAGCUAUGGAUGGAUAACAAUGCAUUGCAAGUGCUGCCUGGGUCUAUAGGGAAGUUAAAGAUGUUGGUAUACCUGGAUAUGUCAAAAAACAGGAUAGAAACGGUUGACAUGGAUAUUUCCGGAUGUGAAGCCCUUGAGGACCUCUUACUAUCCUCCAAUAUGUUACAACAGCUGCCUGACUCCAUAGGACUGCUGAAAAAGCUAACAACUCUAAAAGUAGAUGACAAUCAACUCACGAUGCUACCCAAUACAAUCGGAAACUUGUCUUUGUUAGAAGAAUUUGACUGCAGCUGCAAUGAGCUGGAAUCUCUUCCUUCCACCAUUGGCUACCUGCACAGCCUGCGAACCUUAGCAGUCGAUGAGAAUUUCCUCCCAGAGUUGCCCAGAGAAAUUGGCAGCUGUAAGAAUGUCACCGUUAUGUCUCUACGCUCCAAUAAGCUAGAAUUUCUUCCUGAAGAAAUUGGGCAGAUGCAGAGGCUGCGAGUCUUAAAUCUAAGUGAUAACAGGUUGAAGAAUUUACCAUUCUCGUUCACCAAACUCAAAGAACUUGCAGCAUUGUGGCUUUCUGACAAUCAGUCCAAGGCCCUUAUACCUCUACAAACAGAAGCCCACCCAGAAACCAAGCAAAGGGUACUGACCAACUACAUGUUUCCCCAACAACCCCGUGGUGACGAAGAUUUCCAGUCAGACAGCGACAGCUUCAACCCCACCCUGUGGGAGGAGCAGAGACAACAGCGCAUGACUGUUGCCUUUGAAUUUGAGGAUAAGAAAGAAGAUGACGGAAGUGCUGGGAAAGUUAAGGCUCUCUCCUGCCAAGCCCCCUGGGACAGGGGCCAGCGUGGGAUUACUCUCCAACCUGCCAGGCUGUCUGGCGAUUGCUGCACACCAUGGGCCAGGUGUGAUCAGCAGAUCCAAGAUAUGCCCGUCCCCCAGAGUGACCCCCAGCUGGCAUGGGGUUGUAUAAGUGGCCUCCAGCAGGAGAGGAGCAUGUGUGCUCCCUUGCCAGUGGCUGCACAGUCCACCACUCUUCCCUCUCUAAGUGGCAGACAGGUUGAAAUAAACCUAAAACGCUAUCCAACUCCUUACCCAGAGGAUUUAAAGAAUAUGGUAAAAUCUGUUCAAAAUCUGGUGGGUAAGCCAAGCCACGGAGUGCGAGUUGAGAACCCAAAUCCAACAGCUAACACGGAGCAAACUGUGAAAGAAAAGUUUGAGCACAAGUGGCCGGUGGCCCCAAAGGAGAUUACAGUGGAGGAUUCUUUUGUUCAUCCAGCUAAUGAAAUGAGGAUUGGGGAACUUCACCCUUCAUUAGCUGAGACCCCUCUGUACCCACCCAAACUUGUUCUGCUAGGGAAGGACAAAAAAGAAUCAACUGAUGAGUCUGAAGUUGACAAAACUCACUGUCUGAAUAACAGUGUCUCCUCAGGCACCUACUCAGACUACUCGCCCUCCCAGGCUUCCUCGGGGUCCUCAAACACCCGCGUGAAAGUGGGGUCCUUGCAGACAACCGCUAAAGAUGCCGUCCAUAACUCUUUGUGGGGUAACAGGAUUGCACCACCUUUCCCACAGCCUCUGGAUGCAAAGCCAUUACUCAGCCAACGAGAGGCUGUUCCUCCAGGGAAUCUCCCCCAGCGUCCUGACCGGCUGCCAAUGAGUGAUGCCUUCCCUGACAACUGGACGGAUGGCUCCCAUUACGACAACACAGGUUUUGUCUCAGAGGAAGCUGCCGCUGAGAACGCCAACAAUAACCCUCUCUUAAGCGCCAAGGCUAGAAGCAUGCCUGCUCACGGGCGCAGGCCUUUAAUCAGGCAGGAAAGGAUUGUCGGCGUUCCCCUGGAACUGGAACAGUCCAUACACCGACACACGCCAGAAACAGAAGUGCCUCCUUCCAACCCCUGGCAGAACUGGACCAGAACUCCCAGUCCAUUUGAAGACAGGACUGCUUUUCCUUCCAAAUUAGAAACAACCCCUACUACCAGCCCCUUACCUGAAAGAAAAGAUCACAUGAAGGAGCCUGCAGAGACACCAAGUCCCUUUUCUCCAGGAGUGCCAUGGGAGUACCAUGACCCCACACCCAACAGGAGUCUCGGUAAUGUCUUUUCUCAAAUCCACUGCCGCCCAGAUUCAUCGAAAGGUGUUAUUGCGAUGAGCAAAAGCACGGAGAGGCUCUCCCCACUCAUGAAAGAUAUAAAGUCCAACAAAUUCAAAAAGUCUCAGAGUAUUGAUGAGAUUGACAUUGGAACCUACAAGGUUUAUAACAUUCCGCUAGAAAACUAUGCCUCUGGGAGUGAUCACUUAGGAAGCCACGAGCGGCCAGACAAGUUGUUGGGACCGGAGCACGGCAUGUCCAGUAUGUCCAGGAGCCAGUCGGUACCCAUGCUGGACGACGAGAUGCUCAUGUAUGGAAGUAGUAAAGGGCCACCCCAACAAAAAGCAUCUAUGACAAAGAAGGUCUAUCAGUUUGACCAAAGCUUCAAUCCACAAGGAGCGGUGGAAGUAAAAGCAGAAAAGAGGAUCCCGCCCCCUUUCGCACACAAUUCUGAGUAUGUGCAGCAGCCCAGCAAAAACAUCGCCAAGGAUCUGGUCAGUCCCAGAGCCUAUAGAGGGUACCCACCCAUGGAACAGAUGUUCUCCUUUUCCCAGCCAUCUGUGAAUGAGGAUGCCAUAGUGAACGCUCAGUUUGCCAGCCAGGGGCCCAGGGCAGGCUUCCUAAGGAGGGCUGACUCCCUGGCCAGCUCCACUGAAAUGGCCAUGUUCAGAAGAGUCAGCGAGCCCCAUGAGCUGCCCCCUGGUGACAGGUAUGGCCGAGCAGCCUAUAGGGGAGGGCUGGAAGGCCAGAGCAGUGUUUCAAUGACUGAUCCCCAAUUCCUCAAGAGAAAUGGCAGGUACGAAGAUGAACACCCUUCGUAUCAAGAAGUAAAAGCGCAGGCGGGAAGCUUCCCCGCUAAAAACCUUACCCAGAGGAGGCCGCUGUCCGCCAGGAGCUACAGCACAGAGAGUUACGGAGCCUCCCAAACCAGGCCAGUUUCAGCUAGGCCUACCAUGGCAGCCCUCCUGGAAAAAAUACCAUCUGACUAUAACCUGGGUAACUAUGGUGACAAGCCGUCAGAUAACAGUGAUAUAAAGACAAGGCCCACCCCUGUGAAGGGAGAGGAGAGCUGUGGCAAAAUGCCGGCAGACUGGAGACAGCAGCUGCUUAGACAUAUAGAAGCUAGAAGGUUAGACAGGAGCGCUGCUUACAAACACAACACAGUUAACCUUGGCAUGCUGCCCUAUGGAGGUAUUUCAGCAAUGCAUGCAGGCAGAAGCAUGACUUUAAACUUGCAGACUAAGUCUAAAUUUGACCUUCAAGACCCACCUCUUCAGAAAACCCCGUCCCAGCAAAGCAACAUUUUAGACAAUGGACAAGAAGAUGUCUCUCCUAGUGGCCAGUGGAAUCCUUACCCACUUGGGAGGCGGGAUGUACCUCCGGACACCAUUGCUAAAAAGGCAGGCAGCCACAUUCAGACCCUGAUGGGGUCACAGAGCCUUCAACACCGCAGUCGGGAGCAGCAGCCAUAUGAGGGGAACAUCAACAAGGUGACCAUCCAACAGUUCCAAUCACCGUUGCCCAUCCAGAUCCCUUCGUCGCAGGCCUCCCGGGGACCUCAGCCUGGACGGUGCUUAAUACAAACGAAAGGGCAGAGGAGUAUGGACGGCUAUCCUGAGCAGUUCUGUGUGAGAAUAGAAAAGAACCCUGGACUUGGAUUUAGUAUCAGCGGUGGAAUUAGUGGGCAAGGAAAUCCUUUCAAACCUUCCGACAAGGGUAUCUUUGUUACUAGGGUUCAGCCUGAUGGACCAGCAUCCAACCUACUACAGCCUGGGGAUAAGAUCCUUCAGGCAAAUGGACACAGUUUUGUGCACAUGGAACACGAAAAAGCUGUUUUACUACUGAAGAGCUUCCAGAAUACAGUAGACCUAGUUAUUCAACGUGAGCUCACUGUCUAAAUGUUUUUAUAAAUAGUGAAGAUAUGUCAGGCCAGAGCUAAUGUUCAAAAAUAAAUUUAUACAUAGAAACCAAUUUUGCCAGUUGCUGGACCAAUGGCAAACAUCAGUGCCAGGUGUAUAAUAUUGUACGUUAGCCUUGACCACCCUGGAAAAUGUUACCUAUAAACACGGCAUUCGUGCGUGGCUCUGUAUCAGUUCCAGCGGCAGCCUCUGGCUGUGCAUUGGUGCGGUUUUGUUUCUGUUUUUGUUUUUUAAUCAAAUAAGUUGUCUUCUCAAAGUGGAUUUCCUAUCAUUUCGGAGCACGGAAGCACACACAAGCUCUUUACAAAUUCUGCUCUCCAUCAGAAAUACUGCCUCAAAAGUUGUAUAUAAAGAGUUGUAAUCCCCAUAAAGUAUUUCUAGCACAAGGUAUAUGUUGGCAUAUAUACAAAAAAAGAAUAUAGAAAAACGAUAUUUUCGUAAACACCUUGGAUUGAGAAAGAAAAUAUAUCUUAAAAUAAGACUUUACUAUAUUGAAUCUUUUUCAAUAAAAAUUACAUGAUGACGCCUUAUGGAAGCAACUGUACAUAAAGUAUAAAGUAUUUAUAUUUGGUUCCACAGCCAUUUGCUAAAUUCCCAUAGCAAAGUGAAAUAGUUCAUAAAUUAUCAUUAAUCUCUGGGACCUGAGUAAUAAUCAGAGAAGGUAAAUCUGUUCAAUGCCUUUAGCUAAUUAAAAGGACACAAGCAGACUUUAGAGACAGACCACAGGCUGCGGUGGACCAGGUUCUUCACUACAACCAGAAGUGAGUGACGGGUGGCAGGGAAACCUUAAUGCUUUGACGUUCUGUUUCCUCGGGGUUACGCUGACCAUAGACCGCGGCCCCAUGAUCCCUUUGCUGUAAAUGUGGAACUUUUCCGUGUGCUGCUUUGUUUAAUUUGCUACUUUUAAAUCAUUUUCAAUGAAUUUUGGGAAUUGAUGACAUUUAUUACAGAGAGAGACUUGUUUGAAAGCUAUGGUGGGUGAUUUCAAAACUUUGGUAUUGAAAUAUGAAACUUCAGAUAUAAUUUCUCAGAGCUGUGGUCUAACUGGUGUCAUUAAUCUUAAUGCCUGUUUUUUUUUUUUGCAGACAGAAAUAGAUUAAAAUAUUUUUUCUCCAAAAAAAAGUUUCAAGAAACAUAAAUACAAAUGCAAUCAUAACAGAGAGUCUAAUGUACUUUUACAUUGCGUUUCCCCUGUGAACGUUCAAAAUAUGUUUUAUAAUCCUUUAAGUUACUUCUUUUUAUAGUAGUCACUAAUUUGAUUAAAUUAUUAAUUUGAAAUUUCAGAUCAACUUUCCAUAAUUGGUUGUAUACAUUCCCUCAUAUACCUACAUCACUUUUUUAUAGAACAAAUUUAUCUUAUAUGCUAGUGUUUGGAAUAUUCUAUGAAAUUUUACAAUAGGAUCACAUAUGGAUGUCACCAGAGCUCUGAGGAUAAUAUUUGUAAGUUUAUGUUUUAUGGGGACAUUGGAAAUACUGUAUUUUUGUAGGAUCUAUUAAAAUGAGUGCCACUUAUUAGAAGUACAGUGGUGUUUUUGGCAUAGAAUUUGUCACGUGGAGACAAAUGCAACUUCAUUUAGCAGGUGGUGCACUGGUUUUGUUGCUGAUUUAUGUCAGGAUGACACGAUACCGUGGUUUUAUAGGCUUUGACAAUUAGCUACUGAUUCGAGAUUGGCCUUUUUGGCGUAUUACACAGAAGCGGUUUUUAAGUGCAUUUUAAUAUAUUGUGAACAUCUAAUGAGAGGCGUCUUUUAAAGCCUAAUUUUCUCUUUCAAAAGCUCAGAGCACAUCACUACAACAGAUGUUCUAGGCUCAGUCUUAGUCAAGAGAAGCCAACCAAGCUCAGAACAUAAUACUGCUGCUUGAAACAUCCAGAAGGAACCCACAGCCUUCUUCCGGAAGGCAAGAGGCAACCAGAUGUAGGGCUCCCACAUACUUUCUUGUAUAGGAGCCUCAGGUGCUCCUGAGGCCAUCAGCUGAGAGGUGGUGACCCCCCCCCCCCUUGAUGGACUACAUUGCCAGGGGUCUUGCUUUGACACUUCCUUCUGUGAAGCUCAGUAAUGGGGAAAAGACCUCUUGGGGAAAAUGUGGAUAUACUCCAGGCUACCGACUGACAGGCAGAUGGUCACACAGAGGGACAUUUUCUGUUUUAGGUUAACUCAGUGGAAUCGUUAAUCACUUGUGGCUGUAGGAGGGGCUUCUCACUGAUUUUAAAAGUGACCCGAGCCAGUAAUUCAUUGGUCUGGGGUUAUUUUUAUUUUUUGAGUAACUAACUUGCUGCCAGAAACUAGAAUCUGGUUCAAGUUAACAUCAAAAAUGUAAGUUAAGAGUGUGCCUUUAAGAAGGAAAGAAGGAAAAAGAAAAAUCUACAACACAAAGGAGUGAGUGCCAGGUGGCACCAUGAAAUCUGUACCUCUUGGUGGGUCCUGGAUCUUCCUGCUGAGAAAGCUGUUUGUAGACCUGGGUCAAGGGUGAUGUGCAAUAGAGUGGAGACAGUAGAGACAGAAAGAACAAAUACUGACAAUUAGUAGCCAAACACUGUGGGGUUUGCAAGAUAAAUAAAUUUAAAAGGACAAUUUUCAAGACAUCUCACCAGGCAUGCACACUUUAUUAGGUGAUUCCAGCCUGCCAGGCAACACAAGCCACCAAGCAUGCAUGCCAUGCUGACUUGAAGCCUGUGGAAGUGUGCCUGUCCCUCGGCAUUGUAGUAAAUGCUGUCCGGGCUUUGGCUUGUGCCCCUACCUCCACAGAAAACACCUCAGAUCAGGCGUUUGAACCAACGCUGACUUGUUUGCAGAGAGGAUUGCAUGCAAAGUGGGGCUGAGCUACUUACCACCGUGUGCGAGGGAAAGAGAGGAGGAUAGAGGCUAGGAAAUGAUGAAGGACUUUGAUUUGCAUAUCCAAAUAUCAAUAGAAAAGUUUUCAGACUUUCCAAACUAUUUGAUGGAGAAACUCAGAAGCGUUUAAUUUUUAGCCAUAAAACCUGCCAAGUGUAAACACCUCAGUGUAAAAGUCUGGGAACCGUGUUCGUCUCAGCCCUUCUUUCCACAGGGUUUGAGUUGUCCAUCAUCGUUUUCUGCUUCUCAUUGGCAGGAAGAUUGAGGAUGUCUAUUCCCAUGAAUGCAUUCUUGUGGAGAGCAAGAAUAUGAUCUAAUCAGAUCAAAAUUCAUGUUGGUAUUAGACUGACAUCUAAACCAUUCGUGAGUUCAGUCUGACUGAUCCAUGAAAUGGCAAACCACCCACAGGUUCACUGGAACGCUAGAACAGCAAAAAGUAACAACUUAGCGAAAUAAUAAAGUCCAGUCAGCUAUGAUGGGUCCUUCAGUUCAAGACAAGCAGCAUUGAGGGGCAGCAAAAGCCCCGUGGCAGUAUGUUUCUUUCUGUGGCUUAACCAAAGGCUCAAACAACAGUCAGUCAUGCAUCUGCUUUCCACUCACAGGUGCAGCUUCUUGACCAACCACAACUUUGGUGAAUUUUCAAAAUUCAAGAUUACUUACACAACUUUUUUUUCCUUAGCAAUCCUAGGAGAGGCACUCUGCCCUGGCUUGGAGCAUGAAACCAUGCUAUGUCACCCAAAUAGAAUACCGGCUGAGGGUGAUUGGGUAUGCACUGUGGAACACACAGAGAAAAUGUUACAAAAGGUGUGGAUGUUGGCUCUCCUGCAUGUCUGUCUAGCUCCACUUUAGUCCAAAGUAUGCGGCCAGUUUCCCAUGACACCCAUGUAGAAGACUAAGGCAGAUACAACCUCGUUUUCGAUUCUGCUCGGGCUCACCUGGGGAUGCUUCUAGCAUCUUCUAGCUGCUUCUAGCGUGCAAAGGUGGUCUCCUCUCAGAACUGUUAUCCUCCUAUAGAUUCAUGCCCGACCCACACAUGGUAUUCAGAGGAGGUAGGUGUAGGUUUCCAUCCCACUGAGGCGAACACAUGUAGCCUCCAGGGCUCUAGCUGCCAGAAGAUCCCGAAUACCAUCUGAGGAUGUCCACCCCUAGGGGAAGAGUCAGUGUUCGCCACACCACUGACAGCAGCAAACAGCUCAUGCACGAAGGUGUGUGAGAGUGUCAGUGCCUUAACAAAGCCACGUUUUCACUUCUGUGUUUAUUUGGACUGUUUGCUUCUCUAUUCUAAGCGUUAGAUUUUUGCCAUACUGAGGAACUUUCUCUAAGCUGCUUGUAUGCAUAUUGGGGUACCUCCUAGUCUUCCCAACCUUUAACACUGUGAGGAAAUUAUCCAGAAACACUCUCCUGUGAGGACAGAAACUCCUGCCUUCCAUCCCAAAGAAUUUGAGGGUUCUGGAACAAUGAAGGGGAUUGAUCACGUUAAGAGUUUAUUUUAAAAUCAACAGUGAAAAUAAAGGAAUCUGGGUCCCCUUGCUUUCUCACCAUGUGAUUGUCUUGAUUUUCCUAGAAGUCAUUUUUGGGGGGGUGCAGAUAAGGACAUAAGAACUGAUGGUUUUAACUUUAGCACCAUCUUGACCACCUGGGUUCUGCAGAUGGAUUCUGUAACAUUGCCUAAGUAGGGUGCAAAAUUAAAAACAACAGGGUCUGGCCCCAGCAUGUGCAAGUAGCCAGGAGAUCUGGAGUACAUACCUUUCUUACAAAAUUUCAAUACACACUCUUGUUUCAGCCUGACUUUAUUCAGGGUGACACCGUAGAGAGUUAAAUAUUGGGAAAUUUCAAGUAGCCUUUAUGUAGAAAAUGAUAAAAUCCCGUGAAUCUGUCUUACACUGGACUGAUACAGACCUGACCAAAGCAGAAGCAAUGGACCAGACCUCAAUACAUGAAUUUCCAAAUCCAGCAUAAUUUCCCUUCCUUUAUUAAAAAAAAUGGCUUUUGCUUCAUCCUUUAAGCUGGUACCAUUUGUAUAUACCCAUUUGUAUAUGAACUAGUGAGGGGAGAGGGAUUUAAAAGUAUCAUUCAAUAUUUUCAUUCUUUGAAAGUUUUCUCCCUCUUUGAACAAGUGUAUUCUUUGUAGGGUUCCCCCCCCCCAAUUUUAAAAUAAAGUGACGAACAUAUAUCACAUCAGACAGACAGACAGAUGUCUCUCAUCUAGAGGAAAGUAGCUCACAUAGGGUCUUGUUUUCAACAGUAAACACAUAUACUUCCUUCACUAUAGGACAGCUGAUCUCAGAAGCCUAGCAUAAAUGAUAUAGUCAAGGCAUUUAGAGAUAUGUUACCGAAGAUUGUAACAAAAACAUAAAGUGCAGCGAUCAUAAAUUUUAUGAUAAAUAUCUGUUGGGUACCAGUAUGCAUCAGGCCUGCCAGGGACAUAGCACAAGACGUCACAGUUGAGCAGAAAGAGAAGUUGCAGAUGGAAUGAGUGCGCUGAGGCCUCUGCCUCGGCCCUUACUCCAUCCCAUGGCGGAUGGAUGGCAUCCACUCUGCCUGGGUUGGGACAGUACUUAAGCUAUCUGUCUCCCUACCAGGUCCUAGGGCCACUGGGAGGCCAUUUCAAAUGUUUGUCGGGGACUUAGAGAAACUUCUGAAACAUUGGUCAUGGCCAUAUUGGAAAUAUUUUUGGACCAGGGAAACAGAACCCAGAAUCUCUUGGAUUUUGGAGAAAGGGCCAUGUUUUUGUCAGUUUGUUAGCGUGAAAGAAAGCAAGGGUAAUCAUGAGGACAACUGUCUCUCAGUCUGGCCCAGCGCCCAGCUCCAUGCUCUGGCAUCAAUGAAUGCUAACCCUUAACAGACAUGGGAGUAGGUGGGUCCUUCCUGUGUCCACUGCCUCGAGGACAUACUUUUAGUGUCCAAUGUCACAAUUAUCGACUCAGAAAGGCAGUGAAUAGCUGAGUGUGGCGGGAGGCAGAGGCAGAGGCAGGUGGGUCUCUGCUCAAGGCCAGCCUGGUCUACAUAGUGAGUUCCAGGCCAGCCUGAACUACAUAGUGAGACCUUUCAGAUCUAUGUAUUCCCCCUGUGAAUUUAAGAACACUAUCACUGCCUGGCCUGCUGUUUAGGCCAUCCCGUGAUCCAGCUGCUCAUAUGCUGUUGGGUUGUGCGUGUCUGUACAUCAAACCAGCCAUCUGCUUGUCCUUCCCAGGAGAUCUGGGGUCUCUCGGAUUGUAGGAAGGUUCUUUGCCUCCUGAGUGUCCCUGUGCUUCAUGGCCUUUGCACACACUGGCAAACUUCCUCCCCCAGCCACCUUUCCAAGUUAUCAAAACCACGUUUGGUCUUCAAGGUCCUGCUACUCAGCACAGUGACUGUGAGCCCUUCUGUAAUCUUGAUGAGGAAGCUCUUCGUCAGAACCAACAACAGGCUGUUGUCUUCCCUCCACCUGAGCCCAGGCAGCUGGGUCUGUGUUAAUUCUCUUCUAUCAAGCUUAAGUUCCUUUGAGAGACAGGGCCAGGCAGUACUGAAGCGGCUUCUGGACAGUAACCAAGGAGAACAUGUAAAUCCCUCAGCCUUUCUUAGCACCACAAGCGGGGUGUGACACACUUAACAAAUCAUGACUUAAACGGGUGACUGACGUUGCUCUGUGUAACCUUUAUUCCCACUUUGGGGGCUGGGAAGUCCUCUAUGCCAAAUUCUCCCCAUCCUUACCAUUUCUUCUCAGAGUCUUCAGAACCUUUGCCCUGUUCAGCAGUUGGUUUCAUUUUCUUUUUACAUCUUCUAAAGAUGUGAACGCUGCCCAAAACAUUUAAGUGGUUCUGUUGUUUGUUCAGUGAGAAAAACAUUUUUAUAUCCUUUUAAUUAGCUUGGAUUUGUUUCUUUUGGGGAAAAGUUAUGUGUUUAGUUGUCAGAAACAUCCCAGAGACAGGAAGGAUGGUGUUGAAUCACAAAGCUGUGGUUUUAAGCAUCUUCGAGACCACCAGGCCCCAAAAACCCAUCCUGGCGGUAGCUCUAGAACCCUGGUAGAGCAACUGAGAAGGCUGAACAUGGUCAAGGCUGACUUUAGACUCAUUUAAUAGAAAGAUCCCUCUGCCCUGUGUUGCUUCCCGAAGGUUGUCAGCUAUUUUCACAAUUAUGAAGAUGAGAAACAGAGUAAAGGAUGUCAUAAAAGAAAAUGGCAUGAGAAAUUCAGAGAAGAAAUGAGGUCCCCAUUGCCAACAGGGCCCUUUUCUAAGGUAAGGACCAGUGUCAGACACACAACACAGGAAAAUGUCCCAUAGAGAAGUUCAAGUGUCUGCCGCUCCUGAGACAAGUGAGAAUCCAGAAGGGACAAUUAACACUCCUCGUUUUUGAGUUCUUGUUUUCCAGCCUGAGAUACAUGCUAUCCUUGCAAUCAUUUGGACAUGGCCACAGGACUUUUUUAGGAGCCUGUAGUUACAAAGAGUCACCAGUAGGUGGAGAGCGUCUUCCUAGAUUUAACGCCAGUCUGGAGAAGCCUUCACAGCCGGUUCUUGUCUGGGCGCUGAUGGAGUUAAACUCCUUUCCACAGUCCUCAUUAACGACUAUUUAUAAUUAUGUUCUAAGAUUAAACGACACCAAUGGAUUCUGUAUCUUUUGUACUGAAACACUCAGGUUGAAUCAACUUCCUAGAGUGUAGAUUUCUCUCUCUCUUUCUCAGCCCUGGACCAGUGUGUGCUGAGAUUCUGUUCCUUAACUGUCAGUAAACACAUCCACCUGUUUCACAGUUUUUCCCUAGCUUGCAUGAGUCUUUCAAAUACUUUGUGCUAAUCUCCCUUAUCUUAUCCACACUUCCUAUCAGUGACAUGGCAAUAUAUUUGUUUUAAAUCAAACAAUUUACCUUGCAAAUUAUCUCUGUAAGACUUAAGCAUCAGGAAUCAAGUUUGCCUGAACGGCCUCUCUUUUGAAAACUUAUCGAGGUCCUGCUUGAGUUUCCAACAGAUAUCUAUAAACUCACUUUUCACCUGCACAAGAAUUAGCGUAACAUAAAUAGAGUUUAUUACAAAAAGAAUGCAUUUUAAAAAGCAUCUCAUAAUGUGAAAAUUGGGUUCCAAGAAAGGCCUCAUUAGGUAAACCCUCCCCAGUCAGAAUAUCCAUGAAUCAAAACCAGAAUCUUGGCCCCCUUGGUGACAUACUGUGGUUCUGAGAUAUUGAGAGUCCGGGGCCUCUGAUGGCUGGUUCCUGGUGAAAGAAAUCAUACCUGAAUUAAAUGUGUCUUCACAAUCUGCUCUGCCUAGGCUUCUACCUUGAUGAUCCCAUCAGAAUCCUCCCUGUCCUCCUCCAGCAAAAGUAAACAGAAGACAGGAUGUUCUUCCCUGAAGCUUACUAAAACAUUAAAUCCUGGUGUUUUUUCUCUCAAAGGGAGCUGCUUUCUUCUGGCCACAAGGUCACCAGCUCCUGCGGUGAGCUCUUAGCAGAGUCUGGCCAGCCUCCUUAGGGGGCUGGGGACUAUUCGCUGUGACCUCAAGGCUGCUGGUUUUAUGGCACCAACUCAGGAUCACCAGGUUGGCUUUAGACCCUCUCAGGAGUUAAAGCACCCAUUAGCCAGCCUGCACUUGAGCAGUGUGACCCGCCAGCACGCCGGGAGUGCCAGACACAGGUUCUCUUCUUUCGAAAAACAUCUGGCUUUGUAACUUACUUUCUUUUCUAUUCCACCAUUAUCCUCCUUUCAGACUCUCGUGGGCUCCUAAAGAUCAGUUUGGUUGUACACUAAAUCGGAGAACGAGAGGCUGCUCGUUAGCUCGAGUGCUCUCCCCAGUGCUGCCUUGUCUCUCUUGUGGAUCUGGUCCUGGACCACCACUCAGUUCUUGGUACAAACCAUUAAGUGUAUGUUUUGUUGUUUUACUUGUUCAUAUAGUAAUCUCGGUCUUUCAUUCCUGGAAUGGUCUCUCCGCCAGCACAUUCCCCCUUGUGCUGAGACCAUGAUCGCCUUGUUGCUGAGGGAUCAUGACUAGCCCUGCCAGCCCUGACGUAAAGUGAACGCCUGUCUUGGGCUCUGUAGUGUGACGGGCCCAGGGAUGGACUUUUAGCUGUGUGGGAUGGGAGUGUUACCCAGGUUGGUUUGUGGAGUAGCCUCAGGGUGGGAAGAGGAGGCUGCAGGAAAAACUUCACCAAGACCUUCUCCAACCCUGCCCCAGUUUGUCGCCUCCUGGGAGAGAUGAGUGAGUGAUUGUGAGCCCAGCUUCACUUUAUCCGUGUUCAUUAAAGCAUAAUUCUAAAGACAGGAAAAGCAUCCCUCCUGUUUGUUUUAAGCAGCUGGCAACCACACUUGCUUGCAGUUCUUCAGCCUUACUGUGGGAUCAUUCAAAUUGGCAAUAAGUAUUUUGCACUCUAGAAUCUCGAAGAUUCCUUCUAACCAAAAGAGGCUCCAGAAAGCACUCCCCUCAUGGGUGCUUGAUACAGCUGCAGAUGCCGCUGCUUAAACUGCACAUCUCUGUGCCUGCCUCCCAGGACAAGCCAGAUGUGGGAACCAAACCCCUCCAACUACACAUGCACGCACGCACACACGCAUGCACGCACGCACACACGCACACCUCUGUCCCUCUCCAAGUCAGGACUCCUGGACUCUUUUUUUUUUUUUUUUUUUUUUUUUUUUGCAUUUCCACACUUGUCUACAAAAUCUGGGCCUCUGGGAUCUAGGACUUUAAGUCAUCAUAAACAGUUCAAAAAUAAGAAAGCAGGCCUUUGGUUUACCUUUCCAAAAUUAUUUUCAUAAACCUUCCCACAUGUCCACUCAUAUCAGGAUAUAGACUUUUACUUACUUACUUAUUGAGAAUGCUUCCAAACCUGUUGUGUGAAGAGAUGCAGUUCAGGGACGUGUUUACUGUGGUUUCUGGGCAUCCGACCUGGGCAUCCUAGGGUUCUGUGCCUGCAGAACACGCAGCGCCCCACUCUGAGCUGCACCCCAGCCCCUCCAGAAAUGCUGAAGUGGCUGUCUCGAGAGUCCUCUGUACCAUCUUCAGCGCAGGCUUCUAGCCUGCAGUGUAAUACUUUUUUUAAAAGAUUAUUAUCAAUGGUUUUUAAGCCUUUUUCUUGUUGUCCUUUCAAUUAAAUCCAUGUGGUUGCUGGGAGUUGAACCUGGGCCCUCUAGAAGAGCAGCCAGCACUCCUAACCUCUGAGUUAGGAUUAAACUCCCCUUUCAAUUAAAUCCAAUAGAGGUAAAUGUUCAAAGGAACAGCCAAACAUACAAUAAGUAUCAGCCUUUCCCAUCAAGAAACAGUCAAACGGGAAGAUGGUGCUUAAGAAGUCUCUCUGAGGAAACUGAGGAGAGCAGAGAAUAAAAAUAUCCUCGCUGUCUCUGUCACGCUGACAAAGCAGCAAAGGAUUCUUUUCAGCUUCAUUGACUCACAGUGCGGACAUGGAACAUUCUGGACGGCCAGCUCCCACUUCUUAUUUGUAUUUAUUGUCCAGAAAGGACAAGUCUCUGGAGACAGUUGAGGCAAUACCAUCCAGAUGAGUCACAUCACGCCUGGCUUGCAGCUCCUUUUGAUGCAGUCCUUCAGUGAGGUUGCCCUCGGGGAUCAAAGUCAGAGAGAAUGCAGGAUUAGGGCAUCUAAACAUUUUCUAGUCUAGCGCACAGAUUCACUAAGUCACUACAAGGUGAAUUCCACAUUAGCUCCUAAGAAGCAGUUCCUCCCCAGGUUCCCAUUGGGAAGUCUCUCCAGCCAUUGCAUUACAUGGCAAGAAUGGUUGAUUUUAUUUUUGUUUUUACUUCCAGCAAAACACCAGUUUUUGUUUGUUCCUUGAGGUUAAAAUUAGGGUGUCCCCCCCUUAGGAUUAGUCUGGGUGUGGGUUAGCAGAGAUACAAUCAUGCAUUCAGGUGGGGUGGCACAGCUACCCUUGAUGGUAGUGACUUAGUGAAUCUGUGUAUUAAAUUAGAGAAUGUUUAUCAGAAACAUGCAGCAUAGCUGCAUUUGAAAAUGAGAUUGUGCAGGGAGACCUCUGAGUGAAGGUCAACCUGGCCUACAGAGAGAGUUCCAGAGACACCCUGUCUCAAUAAAAUAAAAUAAAAUAAAACAAGAAAAUGAGAUUGUAUUCUGAAAUUCCUGACUUCCAGGUGCCACUUUGAGCAUGCUAGAUAUCCAGAUAGACAGGUGUACUGGCAGGUAGGGAAAGCCCAACUGUAGAAAGCCGGUAAUGCCUGCUACCUAGACAUCGUCAGUCCACUCCUAAGUCAGUUCUUCAAAUUCCCAAAUGUUCGUGGCAAUGAAAAGCAAUACAUAUCCUUAGCUAAGGAAACUGGUUCUUUUUUUAAAUAGUCUACUGCUACAUGACAAACAACAUGACUACAAGUCACGUCUGCCACACUAAGAUACAGGACAUCACAGAGAAUCUCCUAUACGGCCACACAAAGAAAUGGAGAGAUAAAUCAAACGUUUAAAACAAACAACAGAAGAGGAGCUUGGAAAAUGGCUCAGUAGGUAAGGAGUUUACCACACAACUCUGAGGGCCUUAUUCAGGACCAUCAGAACAUAUGAAAUUCUCCUGUUAUCCCUAGGCUCAGAAGGCAAAGACAAGUGGCUCCCAGGGCAAACUGGCCAUCUAGACUAGCUCUGGCUUCAAGUGGAAGGCCCUGCUCCUGUAUAUAAGGUGGAGAGUGACUGAGGAAGAGACCUCCACAGGCACAUGCACACAUGUGCAGACAUGCCCAGAAUACACACAUGCACUCCACAGGCACAUGCACACAUGUGCAGACAUGCCCAGAAUAC